AUGGCGCACCCUGAGGAGUAUCCUGAGUCGCCGGUAGAUUUGCGGAACGAGGUUGAGCGACGAGAGGUUCCGGAAAAUCAAGCUCAAGCCUCAGGGCCCAGCAGCAGCACCAGCAUCGCCUCACCUGCACGGAAACGCCCGCGGGCAGAGGAGGAGGCACCUGGCGCUGGAAAGGUUCAAGUCAUGGCAGGGCUCACCCGGAACGUGCUCAACAUCCCACGUUUUGCGGUUCUUGUGGAACCAGAGGAAGAACCUGAUGAUGUCGUCCUGGUGCAGGAAUCGCUCUCCACUGAGACAGAGCCUUGUCUGAUGGGCAGGGCUGAUCUCCUGGAAAGGGUUCCCUGCGAGUUGUGCGGUGCCAAAGUGGCGUUUUCCGAGUUUGUGGUGCACAUGUCUAUUUGCCAAGAGCGACCCCAGGACGCGGCUGAAGUGGCAGCCGCUGACAACUCAGAAGACAUCACCUGCGAUGUGAUUGUUCCCUUCAGCAGCUUCGUGGAGCAUUCCAAGAAGCAUAGUGCUGAGGAUCAAGAGGGCUUGGAGCCAAGGCUUCUUGGCUGCACCAUCGGGGAGUUAGCAGACCACCUGGCUGCGCACAAAGUCCAUGAUCAGUGGCUGGAUAGGGAGAUGAAGAGUUCCACUUCGGCAGUGGACAUCACCGCGCAACUGGUCGAAAUGGCCCGUGCUGGUGGUGCUGGCUUGCCGGGCAAUCGAAGCCACGUGGCAGUAGGAGAUGCGGUUCUGGUCCGCUGGUCCGAUGGCCGCUGGUACGCUGGCCACGUCCGUGCCAUGCCGGACGUAGGGGAGCCUGGCGGAGAGGAGAAGAUCAGCGUGGCCUGGGAUCCACCGUUUGCGCAAUGGGCGCCAGAGCGUGUGGCAGAGCAUGCUGUGAUCCCGCGGAUGAAUCAACCCAGGGAGGUGUGCAACUUUGAUGUGGCCCUGCAGUUUGUGAAGAAGCUGUGCUCCAUGAAGGAUCGCAGCAGCAAAGCGACGAAGCUGGAAGUUGUAUACCAUUGGACUGGGGAGGAAAAUGUUCAGAAAAUUGUUGAGAACAACUUGAAGACCCCUGGAUCGACCAAUGCGGAUGGCAGCGCCGUUCAGCGCUUGAACGGCGACGCCUAUGGCAAAGGCAUCUAUGCUGCAACAGAUCUCAACUACGGGAAAGGCUUUGGCCGCGGUCUCAGCUGUGCGUUUCUGUGCCUGGCGAUUCCUGGACAUAUGAGUCAAAGUCAGACUAUGAAGCUGUCAAGUCGCGAUGAUAGCUUUAAGCAUGGUCCCCUACGAGUGUACCGGACCUCGGAACAAGACUCCAACUCAUCUGCAAAGCUGGCUGAGUGCGCCUGGGACAUCGCCGACCUUUUGAAGGAACGAGCGCUGGGGCAAGUGAAAGAUGAAGCGGAGUUCAGGAAGGGUGCCCGGGUAGAAGCUCUCUGGCAAGGAGCAUUCUGGAAGGCAGAGGUAUGGCACGUGCACCGUGAUGGCACGUACGACCUGAAGUGGCAGCAUCCGUACCAUUUCUGGCCCGCAGAGCUUCGAGUGUCUCCCGAUCGGCUGCGGAGAUAUGAUGAGUCCUAGCGCCGAAUCCUAGUUGCAAUGCCCAAAUCUCGGCCGAUGCUUACAGGGGCCAUGAUCCAAGGUGGUUAGUUGUUGGGCCUUAACUAUGGCCCAUAUGGAUCCAUAUGGAUCCAUAUGGGUUGGUUCAUUGGGGAUUCUAUGGGAUGACCCUAUUGAUGGGUGUAGCUGCACCAGGAUGCAGUCAAUGCGAAGAAGGUUGGCUGCCAGAAGGGGUCCCCCAAUGGCUUAUAUUUAUCUUGGUGGGCUUGGACAGCUCCCUUUUUUUUUUGGACUAAU